CCUGCUCAUCAGACUCCUCAAACUUUGUAUUCAGCAGCCAACAUCAUUGUAGUCAUCAUUAAAUACAAGACACAUUUAAAUUUUAAUGCACUUGGUUGUGGCAAUAAUGAAUUUCCUACAAACCCCAAAAGCAACAACUGCUGCUGCUGUCACUUGCUGGCUGGCUUACGGACUCUUUGGAUUAUUAAUAACGCUGCCAGUUUCAACAGCAGGACCUCAUGAAAAACGUUUACUACAUGCUCUUUUAGAUAAUUACAACAGUUUAGAGCGACCCGUUGUUAAUGAAUCCGAUCCACUACAAUUAAGUUUCGGUCUAACUUUAAUGCAGAUAAUUGAUGUGGAUGAAAAGAAUCAAUUGCUUAUAACAAAUAUUUGGUUGAAAUUGGAAUGGAAUGACAUGAACUUGAGAUGGAAUGCCAGCGAUUAUGGUGGCGUAAGAGAUCUUAGAAUACCGCCUCAUCGACUGUGGAAACCAGAUGUUUUGAUGUACAACAGUGCGGACGAAGGAUUUGAUGGUACUUAUGCCACCAAUGUUGUGGUGCGUAAUAAUGGUUCUUGCCUUUAUGUGCCGCCCGGUAUUUUUAAGUCAACGUGUAAAAUUGACAUCACUUGGUUUCCCUUCGACGAUCAGAGAUGUGAAAUGAAAUUUGGCUCAUGGACCUAUGAUGGUUUUCAGGUGAGUGAGAUUGUAUUUAAUUGUAUAAAAAGUAGUUAG